AUGGGUGAAUCAAUUGAAGUUGAGGAUAGCUUAGAAUUGGAGUACGACAUGUGGGAUGGCCAAUUUGAUUUCGUUGGCCCGCAGGACCCACCCGUUAGAGGAAGGAUCACGUCGGACAAUAGUGUUACAGAAGAUUUGUUUACUGGAGGCCCCUUAACACCUCAUUUGACUAAUGGCUUAAAUGGUGGAAAGAAAACUGCCGCACAUCAGUGGUGCGAUAAUUUAUCUGACCAAGUCCAACUCCUACAGCAGCAAGUAACAUCUCUCGCUGACACACAAAGUACGGCGGACGAAAGAUACGCGCGGGCGAAAGCUGACAACGCGGUGCUUCAAGCGCGCGUACACAUGCUCGACGAGCAGCUACGAGAGAUCGAGUGUAGAUGCGAAGAGCGCAUCGCAGAGGAACAGAGACGAUGUAGAGAAGCGAUAGCGCGAGUAGAGCGCGAUAGAGACGCGCAAUUAGCUGGGCUCAGUGACCGGCUCGCUGCUGCCGAGGCAGAAGCCUCACAUCUCAAGCAGGAGGUCGGUCGUCUACGCGGUGUAGCAGAAACACUCCGUACAAACGCCGAGACGUGCACUCGUAACGCCCGCGAAGCGCAAGAGGCGGCCGGUGAGCUUGCCGCUCAGGUCACAGCUGCUCGGGAAGCAGAGAGGCGCGAGAGAGAGGCCGCGGUGUCCGCGCGGGAGCAACUCGCCAUCGUGCAGAGAGAACUCAGUGAGCUGAGUGCGAUGAGCGCCGCGCCGCCGCCGCCUCCCGAUCCGCGGUUAGAUGAACUGAGGAAGGAGCUCGCGUUGUUGAGGACACAGAAUAAAACGUUAACAGAAGCGCAAGAAGAACUUCAAGCGCAGAUCCUCACCCGCGGCGUAGAAGAAGGACGUAGUUUACUGGACGGAGUGAGCGGGCCUCUCGUCGCUACUAACUCACUCGCGCACGAACUCUCACAGAUGAGUGACCACGAGCUCGUUGGUAGCACACACACAGAUCACAGCAUAGAGUUGGAAAAGUUGCAGAAAGCUUUGAAAGAACAACAAGAUGUGAAUGUCCAGUUAAGGGACUACAUCGAUGGAAUACUCCUUGCUAUAGUAGAAAACUACCCGCAGUUACUCGAAGUCAAAUAUCAAAAGCCAAAUAUGAAGUCA